AAAAGCCCCACCUCCAUCAUGUCACCAGCUUCACCCGCAAUCUUAACGGUCCUGGCGGCGGUGCAACAAUUAACUCUAUGUAGCAUCGGCGUCGCUGCCGCUACCUCUUACCUCGAUUUUCAUCUUUUGAACGUCAAUCAAACUCUUAUGGGGACCAAAACGUUUAAGUUUAAGCCUCUCGAAACAUCUGAAUUUCAUCAUCUUUCCAACGUUAGCGGAAGUGAUGAUCAUCGGGGGGAAUGGGAACUGAAACUUGUCCAUCGAGACAAGUUAUCUUCCGGCGUUAACUCUACUUUUCAUCACGACCAUGGCCGUCGUUUUGAUGCACGUAUGAAAAGAGACGUGAAAAGGGUGGCGAGCCUCCUCCGCCGUCUCCCAGGCGGCGGAACACACGACGGUGACGAUGCUUACGAGUUGAACGAUUUUGGGUCGGAUGUCAUUUCGGGAAUGGCUCAAGGAAGUGGUGAGUAUUUCGUCAGGAUAGGGGUUGGCAGUCCACCGAGGAGUCAGUACAUGGUUAUUGAUUCGGGUAGUGAUAUCGUUUGGGUUCAGUGUCAGCCUUGUAACCAAUGCUAUCGACAAUCCGACCCGGUUUUCAACCCGGCUGAUUCCGCUUCUUUCGCUGGAGUCUCUUGUAGCUCCUCCGUUUGUGACCGGCUUCAGAAUUCGGGUUGCAAUGCGGGUCGGUCCUGCCGGUAUGAAGUUUCGUAUGGUGAUGGAUCUUAUACAAAAGGGACCCUGGCGCUUGAAACGCUCACUUUUGGUCGAACCGUGGUUAAAAACGUGGCUAUCGGAUGCGGUCAUAUUAACCGGGGCAUGUUCAUCGGGGCAGCCGGAUUGUUGGGCCUUGGAGGUGGAUCCAUGUCACUCGUGGGUCAAUUGGGUGGUCAAACGGGUGGUGCAUUUAGCUACUGUUUAGUGAGUCGGGGCACCGAUGCAUCCGGGUCAUUGGUAUUCGGUCGUGGAGCGAUGCCCGUCGGGGCUUCAUGGGUCCCUUUACUACGUAACUCACGGGCCCCGAGUUUUUACUAUGUCGGGCUUUCGGGUGUUGGAGUAGGAGGUAUUCGAGUUCCCAUACCUGAACAAAUUUUUCGACUUAACGAAUUAGGGUACGGUGGAGUUGUUAUGGACACCGGUACCGCGGUGACAAGAUUCCCCGCUUCGGCUUACAAUGCCUUCCGUAAUGCUUUUAUCUCACAAACGUCUAACCUUCCCCGUGCCACGGGAGUGUCCAUAUUCGAUACAUGUUAUAACCUAUCAGGUUUUGUCUCGGUUCGAGUUCCGACAAUAUCAUUCUAUUUCUCAAGCGGACCAACCUUAACCCUACCCGCAAGGAACUUUCUUAUCCCCGUUGACGAUAUGGGAACAUUCUGUUUUGCAUUUGCCUCCUCCGAUUCAGGAAUUUCAAUAAUAGGUAACAUCCAGCAAGAGGGGAUCCAAAUUUCGUUUGAUGGAGCCAAUGGGUUCGUAGGGUUUGGCCCCAAUGUUUGUUGAGUCA